AUGAUUUCUUUCUCCAUUAUUCAUUUCUCUAAUAACUUUAUGAUUUCUUUCUCCAUUAUUCACUUCUCUAAUAAAUUUAUGAUUUCUUUCUCCAUUAUUCACUACUCUAAUAACUUUAUGAUUUCUUUCUCCAUUAUUCACUUCUCUAAUAACUUUAUGAUUUCUUUCUCCAUUAUUCACUUCUCUAAUAAAUUUAUGAUUUCUUUCUCCAUUAUUCACCUCUCUAAUAAAUUUAUGAUUUCUUUCUCCAUUAUUCACUUCUCUAAUAACUUUAUGAUUUCUUUCUCCAUUAUUCACUUCUCUAAUAAAUUUAUGAUUUCUUUCUCCAUUAUUCACCUCUCUAAUAAAUUUAUGAUUUCUUUCUCCAUUAUUCACUUCUCUAAUAACUUUAUGAUUUCUUUCUCCAUCAUUCACUUCUCUAAUAACUUUAUGAUUUCUUUCUCCAUUAUUCACUUCUUCUCUUUUCCUAAAUUGUCAUUCCUUUAA